CAACACCCGGACUUUGCAUACUACUAUUGUAUUCUACGCUGCAGGCAGCUCAAAAUGCCCCCAUCUGUGCAAACUACAAGACUAAUAUCCUCCCUCCGCCUCCUAAUUCCCCGUCUCCGCCUCCUUCAAAAGAAAGACACUGCCUCCUCGAAAGUCCAGCGCCGCGAACUCGCCCAACUCCUCGAAGAAGGCCGCGACACCUCGGCGCGCAUCCGCGUCGAAAAUGUCAUUUCCACAGAUACCGCCGUCGAGGUGAUGGAGACGGUGGAGCUUUAUUGUGAGUUGUUGCUUGCGAGGGCGAAUGUGUUGGACCAGGUUGCGUUUGGGGAGAAGGGGGUUAGGGCGAGGAGUCGGGCGAGGGAGGAGAAGGUUAGGAAUGAGGUUGGGAAGAGGCAGGGUGGUGGGGCUGGGGCUGCGCCAAAAGAUAGCAAGGGCAAUGAGAGUGGUUCGAGCUCGAGGGGUCUGUUUGGGUUCCCGUUCUUUGGUGGUGGACAGCAGAAACAAAAAUCCGAGAAUGCGCACCCCAGCUCAGGAUCUGCCAAAGAUGACGCAGACCUCAGCCCGGAGGAACUGUGCUAUAUCGACCCCGCCAUCGACGAAGCUGCUGCAGUUGUCUUCUAUGCCUGGCCUCGCUUCCCGCACGACGUCCGCGAACUAAACAUCGUCCGGACCAUGCUCGCAGACCGCUACGGAAAGGAUUUCAUGGCGCUAGCGCAGGAGAAUAAAGUCGAGCACGUGAAAGUACCGGAACGAGUGGCGAAGAGUCUACGAGUGCGGCCGCCGACGCAGGACUUAGUCGAAUUAUAUCUAAAAGAGAUUGCGAAGGCAUAUGGUAUUACAUGGGGAGAAGGGCAACAGGAGGAUCUGGGUAAUGCACCUGAAUUCGUGGACGAUCGACCGUCAACACCACACGACCAACAAUCAGAUGGAGGAAACGGAGACAGCCCCGAAGACAAAACAAGACGCGCCUCUGAUACCAACGAACUGAACAAAGCUACCCCGCCGCGACGGCCCGUUCAGUCCGGUAAAAGUCCCGUCAGCGUUGCGCCUCCGGGUCCCAGGACUGAUAAUCCCAAUCCUCGUGUUAAGGUGCCGAGGCCUUCGUCUUCGGAAGAUUUGAACAAUACGGCGAGCAAGAGUACAUCAGACACUAGCAAAGCGAACGAAGAUCCCAAUCGUAUACCGGAAGUGGAUGAGUUGAGUCGUCGGUUUGCGGAGUUGAGGCGGAAACCUUAGAUACAAGCACGAUUGUGACUUAUUGUUGUUGACCGUUUCACGAACAUAAGAUGAAUAUAUAGCAUAAGCAUCUACUUUAAUACCCUGUGAUCAAACAUUGAGAUAAAUGGUAUUGUAUUAAAUGUAUCUCAACCAAACGGAUCAAGACACCCUGCCUCUAUAUUUCUCCUGUCUGUCUGUCAUAUCAUGCAUAAUAAAAAAAAAUAAAAUAAAAUAAAGCAAACAAAGGAAAAG